AUGGAGAAAGUUGAAAGCGUCUGGUCCUUUAUGACCCACUGGAUCAACCAAGUGCAUCACUCGCCCGGUCGGACCCUGAAUGCUUUUUGGGAUUUCUCUCGCUGCUAUUUCUACGUCCUUGCAUUCUGGUCGCUGGUAUGCUCCAAGGUGCUUCAUCUUUAUGCCCACCUUCACUCUCUUCCGACUCCCAAGUUCUUCGCUUGGGGCUUGACGUUCUUUUUUCAAGAUGUCGUUGUACUGCUGUUUCUCCGAAAUUUUGCCCAUAAAAGCCACACCCGGCAAUGGCUUUUGGUGGCGCUCGAUACGGUCGUGGUUGUCCCCUUUAGUUUAAUAGUAUCUUGUAUGGCCGCGGCCAAUUUCUCGGUCUAUAUCUCUACUGGCGCCGAAAUUCACUGGCGUCAAGCAAAAUCGUUCACGGGUGACAAGGCUGCCAUCCGAACCCUGCUCACGGGUUUGACAUGUUUUUUGAUCGGCGAAGGACUUUUAUCGAUGAUUGCGGUCUUGUCUGCGUGCCCAAUUCAUAGAUUUAUGGGAGGCUUCUUACAUGUGCUGGUCGGGCCUCUUCGAUGGCUACUGCUUCGUGUGCGACCAUACUGGGGACAAUAUUUGCGGAGACGCGAAACCUCGGAUGAGAUUCUUCCCCAUCCAGAGAUAUACGAGAGAAUAUCCUUGGAAAAUGAUUAUCUGGAGGAUUCAAGCGACGAUGAGUCCUGGAGGCACCCCCUGGGGCGCACUCGAAUAACCGAAAGGCCUCUGUCUCGACUGUUGAUCAUCAUCGCAUGGUCCGCUUUCUUUCUCCUCCGACUUUGUCGCCCGUCAGACCCAAUAUAUCUGUAUCUUUCGGGUGCUUUACCUCUGGCCCCAUUAUUCCAAGGUAGCCAUCGCAAAACACCCGUUGACGUGGAAAGUGUGCCUCCAGAGCUGGACUACUUGAGAGGAGCUUCAUCGUUGCAUCCGCCGCCGCAAUGGAGUUGGAUGCCAGCUAUACCCGGAGCUGGGUUUGAGGACUGGAACAGAUCCGAUCCAUUUGCCUUGCAUUACAAUUCAGAGAUGAGCCCGCUCCACAUAUCCAACCUUGACCAACCUGUUCUCGAGCCUGUUCAGAAGGCUAUUUCAAAGAACAAACUCAAAAUAAAACAUGUUGUUCUUUUGAAGCUUGAAAGUACACGGACUGAUGUAUUCCCAUUGCAAAAUGGCUCGUUCAUUUUUGAGAAAAUCCUCGAGAGCUAUGCAAACAAAGAAUUACCCAAUGAUGUCCAGAGGCGCAUUGCAAAUCUGACGCCUACUGCCGAGCGCUUGACUGGCAUGUCUCCCGGGUUCGAAUAUAUAAAUAGCACGCAUACUGAUCGGAAGGCAUAUGGAGGCAUUAGCGCGAGCAACGCGUACACAACUUCUACAUAUACGCUCAAGAGUCUUGCUGGCACACUAUGCGGAGUUACUCCUCUAAUCGCUGACUUCAAUCGCGAAUGGGAUCACCAUAUUUAUCAGCCAUGCUUGGCCCAUAUAUUCAGAAUGCUAAGCCAGCAGCCAGGUGUCACAAACAGGACGGAAGACUUCACUAAGUGGCCUUGGCACUCAGCCUAUAUGCAGUCUGUGACUGAUGGCUACGAUAGCCAAAAUAGACUAACUACGGUUUUGGGAUACAAUGAUACGAAGACGAAAGAGAUUAUUGAGAGCCCGAAAGCAAAGCACUACCCGGUAAAAACCGAGGAAAUAAAUUAUUAUGGCUACGCCGAUACCGAACUUGAGGAGUAUAUUCGCGAUGCUAUCGAUGAUGCGCAACACAAUAACAAGCGUCUCUUCCUUACCCACUUGACUGGAACAACUCACCAUCCAUGGGGAAUCCCAAACAAUACAUACCAGCAAAUAAUCGGCCCCAAUGGGGGCAAAAAUGAAAACUUGAACCAUUACCUCAAUGCAAUUGGCUUCGUGGACAAAUGGCUUGCGAAAAUUUUGGAUAUCCUUGAAGAAAAAGGCAUAGCUCAAGAAACCUUACUCGUGAUGGCGGGUGACCAUGGUCUAUCUUUGCCUAAUGAUGGAGGCAUCACUCCGUACGACAAUCCUCACGUCGGGAAUUUCCAUGUUCCUCUAGUAUUUGCGCAUCCCAAACUUCCACCAAUUCAAAUCAAUGAGCCUGUCAUAAGCAGCCAAGUUCUACCGAGCAUUCUAGACCUGCUGAUCGAAUCAUCUUCGCUUACUGAAAGCGCCUCAGGGAUUGCUAGCGACGUCAGAGCUUUAUAUGAGGGCCAGUCCUUGAUCCGACCUUUGAUACAAGAGAAAAAGGGGCGACAGGCUUGGCAAUUUACUGUAAUGAAUACAGGGGGAUCGUGGUUAGCGGUCCGUUCUGCUGCACGUCCAGAAUUCAGACUUGUCAUUCCGCUCGUCAAUGAUGUCGAGUGGCGCUUCUCCGAUCUCAAAAAGGAUCCGAAUGAGCUGGAGCCCAUUUCACGGUUCAGCCUGGCUGACCUAGUCCAGGUGAUUCGCAAGCAAUACGGUAAGGAUGUUCUGGAGUAUCUCUAUGAAGCAGCCUAUGUUGCGAAUUUCUGGGUUCUGCAAAACUGGGAUUUAUACAAAUUCGAUCCCAAUGGCAAGUAA